CAACAAUCACUAAAGUCAUGGACAGCCCACAGGAGAUGACCCUCCGGGGCGGAGGCCGCAACAAAAAGUCUCGCCAGCACCAUUACCAACACCCUCGAGUACCCAGAUCCGAUGCGCCGUCUCCUACGGGUUCCCGCGAGGUUGAUAGCGUGGACAGAGACAUACAGAAGUUGAGCCGAGGACGACAACGAACUGUAGAUUUUGCUUCUCUGGCCGGCGAGCGGAUUGUUUCGGUACCUGUUACUAUUGAUGGCUUGGUAUUCAGGGAACUCGAGCCUCUACUCAAGAUCUUUCCUAGUGGUGAAAUCGGACUGAGUCGACCUGAUGAGCAACGAAUGAGAUGGGACCGUUCUCAAAAUCCACCAGUCAAGGUUCCGAAUCUUCGUUUCAUGGAACACGACAUCACUAGUUUAAAAACGAAGAUAACUGGUGCGAGGGAAACGGAUGUCUACACGAUUCGCAAUCUGAAGUGGAUCGAGAGCCAGUUCAAGAAGAACGGGGGCGCAUUGGAAGAUUUUGCCACAUACAAAAGGAACCUCCGAUAUCCCUUGGAAGACCAUUACAACCGGCUGAUGGCAUAUCUCAAUCGUAGAGAAGCCACCAACGAGGAAAGAGAGGACCGGCAGGACACGAGUCGGGGUCAUUCAACGGCAAAGAUGGGUACGAUGGGUGCUGAGGAUUGUGAGGAUGUGGAAGGUGGAGACGGAUCAUGGCCUGGAAAUCAAUUGCUUAAGCUAUUGGAGCAAAGUCGAGAGCUUUAGUCUCGUAUUGUAAUCUUACGUAACAAGCUCUGCAGCCUAACAGGCAUAACGCAUGGGGUCAACGUCUGGUGGUUUUCCACAGGGGCAAACAUCCAGCAAACCUCGUACAAGCCUUUUGCAUCAAUAGCCUUGUCAAAUGACAACAACGC